UGGACAUAAUGAAAGAAAACAUUAGCCGUGGUAGGUUAGAGGGUUAGAGGUUCAACAGUUACUGGCAUUUAUCUGGGAGCCAGACACAAACAUGAACAGCUCGUCUUACUCCAGCUAUAACAGCACAGUCUUAGGGGAUGAAUGGGCCACUGCGGGGGGAGCUGUGGCGUGUGUCAUCCUGUCUGUGUGCUUUGUGGUGGGGACUCCAGGGAACCUGCUGGUCGUAUGGACCAUCAUGAGGCACGUGAAGCAGCGCUCUCAUACUCUGCUGCUCAUCAUGCAUCUGGCUGUUGCUGACAUGCUGGUAGUUGUGACCCUGCCUCUGUGGAUCUACUCUCUGGCUUGGUCCUGGGUUUUUGGUGAGGCUGCUUGCAAAGCCAUGGUGUACGUCAUCUAUGCCUGCAUGUACGCCAGCGUUUUUCUGAUCACCAUUAUGAGUGUGGAACGCUAUUUGGCUGUCAGAUACCCUUUCAAGAUGCUGCACUGGAAAGACAGCAAUGCUAUGAAUCUAAUCCUGGCUGGGGGGUGGACCCUAGCACUCAUUCUAGGACUGCCAGCUAUUUUCACUCGGUCUGUUGAUGAAAGCAUGGAUGGUGUUCAGCACUGCUUCUUCUCAGAGUUUGGAUCAGUGGCCCUGGAGGUCUUUUGUGCAUGUUUGGAGACAUUGAUCGGCUUUGUCAUCCCAUUUCUCACCCUGGCUGUGUGCUAUGUCAAGGUGGCAUCUCAACUUCGCCAGAUGCACAGAAAGAAUAAACAGAAAUCUGCCUUCCUCAUCAGUGCAGUGGUGGUGGCCUUUGCUCUGUGCUGGCUGCCCCAUCAUGUUAUAAAUGUCAUUAAUGUAGCACAGCUGCUUGGAACACACUCAGAAAAACUGGAAGAAGUCUCAGAAGCAGCAGUGUUCAUCUCUGGAGCGCUAACGUUCAUUAGCAGCUCAGUAAACCCAAUGCUGUAUGCUUUUGCUGCCAGAAACUUCCAGGGUAGUUUGAGGAAGUCAGCGAUGGCCAGGCUCUUCCAGGAAAUUGCCUCAUAUACUGUUCAAUUAAGAGGGACGGAGCUCCAACCACCUGAAAGUUUGGACCAAGAUACACUCAAAAAAGAGUCUGCAGCAGGUGUCUGAGGUGUACUGUAUGACUUCUGACUAGAACUGUGUUUUUGACUGCACCACAUAUUGAGAACUGUCAUGGUACUGCUAUUAUAAUGCUCAGACUCAAUACAUAGAAUGGUGUUCGUUAAUUCUUAUUCAUUCACAAGUUUAAAUUGGUUGUACUUUUGUAGUUGCUUUAUGAAAUGAAACUAAUAUUUGUUUUUCACGCAAAUCAUUGAAUUACAGUAGAAGAUGUUCAUCCUUUUUCAUUUCAUUGACUCAACACCCUAAGCCAGUACAAAAGGAAGUGAUCAGAAUUCUUGAGAACCAGCUGUCGUAAACAUCAUGUGUUCAGACUAGACACAAACUGUGGUUAGGGCGAUUUUACAGUAAUUGAGCCUGGGCCUUCUCACUAAGAAAUACACAAGUAAAAAACAUUACGCCUAAUUCAACUGUGUGUAAAUUUCCCAUUCAUUUGGAUCAA